AUAGAGCACCCUGCUGCGGGUUAUAGAAAGAUAUUUGAGACAGUGGAGGAGCUCAGUGAACCAGUACCAGCACAGGUCACCGGUGUUAUCCCGUCAUGGCUGGGCGGCAGUCUUCUCAGGAUGGGUCCAGGUCUUUUUGAGGUGGGAGAUGAACCAUUCUACCACCUUUUUGACGGGCAGGCUCUCAUGCACAAGUUUGACCUGAAGAACGGUCGGGUGACGUAUUACCGGAGGAGCGAUGCAUAUGUUCGUGCCAUGACGGAGAACAGAGUCGUCAUCACAGAGUUUGGCACAGCUGCCUAUCCAGACCCCUGCAAAAACAUCUUCUCUAGGUUCUUCACUUACUUUAGAGGGAUUGAGGUGACUGAUAACUGUUUGGUAAAUGUCUAUCCAAUUGGUGAGGACUUCUACGCUGUCACUGAAACCAAUUACAUCACCAAGGUUGAUCCAGACUCACUUGAGACAUUAAAGAAGGUAGAUCUGUGUAAGUACCUCUCGGUGAAUGGAGUCACCGCCCACCCCCACAUUGAAGCAGAUGGGACAGUUUACAAUAUUGGAAAUUGUUUUGGCAAGAAUAUGAGUCUGGCUUACAACAUUGUCAAGAUCCCACCUGCACAGAAAGAUAAAUCUGACCCCAUAGAAAAAUCCCAGGUUGUGCUACAGCUACCCAGCAGCGAGAGGUUGAAACCUUCCUACAUGCACAGUUUUGGUAUGACGGACAACUAUUUUGUAUUUGUGGAGCAGCCCGUGAAGAUCAAUCUCCUCAAGUUUCUGUCUGCUUGGAGCAUCCGAGGAGCUUCGUACAUGGAUUGCUUUGAAUCCAAUGAAACUAUGGGGACAUGGUUCCAUGUGGCCAAAAAAGAUCCAGCAGGUUAUAUGAGCAGCCACAAGUUCAGAACAUCAGCUUUCAACCUCUUCCAUCACAUCAACACCUUUGAGGACCAGGGAUUCAUUGUGGUGGACCUCUGUGCGUGGAAGGGUCAUGAUUUUGUGUAUCACUACCUGUACCUGGCCAAUCUGAGGCAGGAGUGGGAGGAGGUGAAACGAGCAGCUAUGCGAGCCCCUCAGCCCGAGGUCAGGCGAUACGUCCUGCCGCUGGACAUUCACAGAGAGGAGCAGGGGAAGAAUCUGGUGUCUCUGUCCUACACCACAGCAACCGCUGUUCUUAAAAGCGACGGCACCAUCUGGCUCGAACCUGAAGUCCUGUUUUCUAGACCAAGACAAGCUUUUGAGUUUCCACAGAUCAACUAUUCUCAGCGUCGGGGGAAGAAGUAUUCCUUCACCUACGGCCUUGGGCUCAACCACUUCAUCCCUGACAGGAUUGUCAAGCUGAACGUGCAGACGAAAGAGACCUGGGUUUGGCAGGAAGAUGACUGCUACCCGUCAGAGCCUCUGUUUGUACCCACACCUGGAGCCACUGAGGAAGACGAUGGUGUGCUGCUGAGCAUAGUGGUGAAGCCCGGGGCAGAGAGGCCGGGAUUUCUGCUGGUGCUGGAUGCCGUGAAGCUAACAGAGCUCGCCAGGGCAGCAGUGAACACCAUCAUCCCUGUCACUUUUCACGGGAUGUACAAGCCC